AUCAGAAUCAAUGGCGAUUUGAUCAAAAGUAAAGCAGCAGCAAGCUCAAAUCCUCGACUAUGGAAGCGGCUAAUCUUAUACAACAUUAUUCUUCUCUCACUAGAUUCCCUUUUCCCGUGAAACCCACUCUCCGUCUCGCUCGACCCAACUCCUUUCUACUUCUUCCGAUUUAUACCUCCGCCUCUCUUCGUCUUCCACGACGGUCAAUCCGUAUACUGACGAAAUCGGCCUGCGAAAACCACAAUCACGAUCACCACCACCACCACCACGAGCACGAUCACGAUCAUCAUCACCAUCACCGACAUUGCUGUUCUGUGGAAUUAACGGUAUCGAAUCAUCCUCAGAAAACGUUGAUCGAGUUCGCUAAAGCUAUCGGAUGGAUUCGAUUGGCAAAUUUCCUCAGAAACCACCUCCAUCUUUGCUGCUCCUCCGCCAUACUGUUCAUCGCCGCCGCCGCUUGCCCUUACUUGAUUCCUAAACCCUACAUUAAACCAAUUCAGAAUUCCUUCAUGAUUGUUGCUUUCCCUCUUAUUGGAAUUUCAGCAUCUCUCGACGCACUUAUGGAUCUCGCUGGAGGAAAAGUGAACAUCCAUGUUUUAAUGGCACUAGCAGCUUUUGCAUCUGUGUUUAUGGGAAACGCUCUUGAAGGAGGACUGCUUCUAUCCAUGUUCAAUCUUGCUCAUAUCGCUGAGGAGUUCUUUACUAGCAAGUCGAUGGUGGAUGUUAAAGAGUUGAAGGAGAGUAAUCCAGAUUCUGCAUUGGUGAUUGAUGUGGAUGAUGAUGAUGAUAAUGCUCCAAACUUUUUCGAUUUGUCAUACAAAAGCGUCCAUGUGCACAAUGUACAAGUUGGAUCCUAUAUUUUGGUAGGAACUGGUGAGAUUGUGCCUGUGGAUUGCCAAGUCUAUCAAGGUAAUGCUACCAUAACAAUUGAGCACUUGACUGGUGAAGUGAAGCCAUUGGAAGUAAAAGCUGGAGAUAGAGUGCCUGGUGGUGCAAGAAAUUUGGAUGGCAGAAUUAUUGUCAAGGCUACAAAAGCAUGGAAUGAGUCGACACUAAAUAAGAUUCUACAGUUGACUGAGGAAGCAAACUCUAAUAAGCCCAAACUUCAGAGAUGGCUGGAUGAGUUUGGUGAGGUUUACAGCAAGGUGGUGGUUGUUUCAUCAGUUGCUAUUGCCUUCCUUGGUCCAAUUUUGUUCAAAUGGCCGUUUCUCGGCACCGCAGCAUGCAGAGGAUCUGUUUACAGAGCAUUGGGACUUAUGGUGGCGGCAUCACCGUGUGCCUUGGCAGUUGCUCCAUUGGCUUAUGCUACUGCUAUCAGUUCCUGUGCCAGAAAGGGAAUAUUGCUGAAAGGUGGACAGGUACUGGAUGCUCUAGCUUCUUGCCACACUAUUGGUUUUGACAAAACCGGGACCUUAACGACUGGAGGCCUUACAUGCAAAGCAAUUGAGCCUAUUUAUGGGCAUGAAGCAGGAAAUGAUGCAAGUGUAACUCCUUGCUGUAUGGAAAAUUGUGAAAAAGAAGCCCUAGCCAUAGUAGCUGCUAUGGAGAAAGGUACCACACAUCCUAUCGGAAGAGCAAUGGUAGACCACAGUGUUGGGAAGGACCUGCCUACUGUUUCUGUUGAAAGCUUUGAGUAUUUUCCUGGUAGAGGCCUUACUGCUACUGUUAACUGCAUUGAGUCGGUAACCGAAGACAGUAAACAUCAGAAAGCGUCACUUGGUUCCGUAGAAUUCAUUACUUCACUCUUCACAUCGCAAGACGAGUCUAGAAAGAUCAAGGAUGCUGUAAAUUCCUCUUUAUACGGAAAUGACUUUGUUCAUGCCGUUCUUUCACUUGAUCAAAAGGUAACGUUGAUUCACCUCGAGGAUCAGCCUCGUCCAGAGGUAUCAAAAGUCAUAGCAGAACUUAAAAGCAGGGGCAGGCUAAGGAUAAUGAUGUUAACUGGAGAUCAUGAGUCAAGUGCUCGGAGAGUUGCGAAUGCUGUUGGUAUUGAUGAAGUCUACUACAACCUAAAACCAGAAGACAAACUGAAUCAUGUCAAAAACAUCUCAAGAGAUUCAGGUGGAGGUUUAAUCAUGGUGGGAGAAGGCAUUAACGAUGGCCCGGCUUUGGCUGCUGCAACUGUAGGUAUCGUUCUUGCUCAACGUGCAAGUGGCACUGCUAUAGCCGUUGCCGAUGUUCUACUCCUCCGAGACAACAUCACUGGUGUUGCGUUCUGUAUCGCCAAAUCCCACCAAACAACAUUAUUGGUUAAGCAAAACGUGGCUAUCGCGUUAAUCUCGAUAUUCUUAGCCGCUCUUCCAUCGGUUCUCGGUUUUCUUCCUUUAUGGUUGACGGUACUUUUACAUGAAGGCGGUACGCUUCUCGUGUGCCUUAACUCGAUACGCGGUUUAAACGAUCCUUCGUGGUCAUGGAAACAGGACAUAGCUCAUAUGAUCAGCAACUUCAACUCAAGAAGAUCAAUCUCCCACACCAAUAGUUUAAGCACUGCACAUUAGUUUAACCCUUAAAACGUAUAUAUUCAAAUUGAUCAAAAUCAAUG